AUGUCGGUCCAUGAUGCCCACGACAUGAUCAGCACGGCGUCGAGGCACCUCGAAGGCAUCUACGACGCCUGCGGCCCGGCCGUGGACGCCAACGUCCGUGUGGCGAUGCUCAACCGGCAAAUGUACCUCCUCUGCACCGAGGACAGGAUCUUCGUCACCUUUGUUCCGCUCGUGCACUGGCAGACGGGCGAGCAUAUCCCCAUGUUCCCCACGACGAUUCUGGAGCUCUUCUGCACGACUGAUGCCGACUUGGACCGGAUAUUGGAUUGCCUCGGAGACAGGCCUCAGGAGGAGACGUGGAACCGAGCGACUUGUUCAACCGAGACUCAGCAGUGCAUGUUUAAAACGCCUCUUUUUGUCGACGGGCAGGUGCACCAAAUACCGACCGAGCACGCAUGCCACACCGACCACCCGUGCACGCGCCCGAACCAGAUGUGCUACUACCACGAGGAGGAAUGCUGGGCCGAGUGCUCGUGA